AAGCAGCCCACUGCUCUGAGCUCCAUCCCAGAAACAAACUCAUUGCCAUGGGACUAUGGGGCAGUUCUGUACCGGCUGGACAGCCAUGACCAGGAGCUGGUGAUGGUAAAUAACACCAUUUUCAGGCCAGCAGCAAAAGGCAGGUUUGCGACAUAGGGAAGAAAUCCAUGAACUAGAGUGUCUGUGUGUUUUGUCCGUUUGCACGGUCGGACAGCUGGACAAUGCAAAGGGGGCUGGAUCCUGAUUGGGUCUGGGCAUCUCUGGGAUAGAAGCAUGUGCAGCACGUCGUGGAAGGCACAAGCAGCACCGUGCCUGGAAGACAAGCCGAGGUUAAGGCAGGUAUUGCUAGACCAGCACUUGUGUUUACCAAAGCCAGAGCUCAACAGCCUUCAUGGAGCCGCCGCAGGAGGAACUGGGAAGCUCCCAGGCAGAGCGCUGCGACAGCAGAGGCUGCCCAAGGCGUCAGCACGGCUGAGCGGGACAGCUGCAGGUAAAUGGAAAUCUGCAUUGCUCGAACAGCUGAAUGAGUGAGCCGACCCGUGGCACCAAGGAGGACGUGAAUACUCAGAUGGUAUUGUAUAUCCGAGGCCCUUUCUCAGUGCCAGGAAGGAUUUAUAAGGAUCUGGCCAAACAGGUAACCCGGAGCUGAUGAGCUGAUGUCGUUCACCUGGGAAUUCCUGGGAAGGGAAAUGAAUUUUCAGAAAGAUCACGUGUACAUCACUUUUCUGUCCCACGGGCCUUGAAGGACACGUUCAUUCAUGCUCAGUCGCUGUUUCUUUAGGUGGAUCAAAGGUGAUGUUUUCGUGACUGUCUGUACAAUUGUCUGGUGUAUAGGAGAGAAUCGUGGUGUACAUGACUGUAGUGGCUCAUACAAUUAGCUUUUCUGGGACACCCAAAAAACACUUAGAUCUGAAAGCUGGCUAUGGAUGGACCAAAUAAGAAUGCCUCAGGUCUUGCAGUAAAAACACCUUUUUGUUCCUGAGUGCAGGUGGUUCAAAAAUAACACCUUGAGAACUUUCUUCUUCGGUUGCCUUUACUGUGCCCCUCUAAUUAGGCUGAGAUGUAGUAGCAGAAACUGCAGAACAAAGAUAUGUCCUGGUGGCGUUGCCGGAGCUGUGACGCCGAGGAGACGCCGCCUGACAGUGCGGUGCCCGACCCGCCGGCCCGAGCAGGGACGCGGAAACACGUGCACUUUGCUAUAGUAAACCAGGCACGUAGCUGUAACGCCUGAGAUGGUAAAAGGCUUUUUCUUCACGUGUUCAGAUGUAAAACCAUGAGGGGUCCCUCUGGCAAGAAAGAAAUGGUCUGAUCAUGACAGAGGGAUGAGAAAACCAGCAGCUGCAUCUCUGUCCCAGGGAGAGAAAGAUGCCACAUACAUCAAGUUUGAGGAACUACAGUUCUUUGUUCUUGUUUUAGCUAAAUAUUCAACUUUUAUCCUGUAUAAUUACAGCUUCAGGAAGUCUUGCGUGUCCAGUUCAGGAAAUAGUUACAUCAGCAGUUUUAGAUUGGGUUUUCAGCUUGUUCCAGGGCAUGUUCCCCAAAAUCCAGCUGUUUUUAAAAGCCUUUUGCAUAGGAGGUAGUUUGUGGGAGCAAGGUUCUAUUGCCAGUCGUGGGCCAGGGUGGGCAAUAAGUUGGGUUUAAAUGAUCUCUGGAAAUGGAUUUGUAUUCUUCCUUCAGUGACACUGACUGGAUUUUAAGGAGUGCUUUGUUGUUUGUUUGCUUGUUCUAGGCAGGACUCAAACACAGCACCGGCUUCCUGGUGGCAGGGUGGGCAGAUGGGGUACAGGCAGUGUGAACUGGUCCAUACUUCAGCAAAGAAGUCAAGAAGAAAAGGCAGCAGAAGUCAGGUUUCCAGCGCACCAGCAAGGAUGUGCUCUGCAAGAACGAGUGGUGCUGCUGUCCCCGUCCUCCUGGGCAGGGUGACACCAGGAGGUGGCUCCUGGCCUGAAACCUCGUGUGAAGCUGUAGCACCAGGUGUUGCCACACCACACUCGUGCUCCCACAGGCAGGCUGUGCUGCAGCAGUAAGCAGAGCUCAGCUGGGACCACGCUCAGCAGGCCAGCCACGUGCGGACACGCAGCUGAACUGCAGCACAGGCAGCUUUGGGCAGCUGGUAGACAACAGAGCUUUUGCAGGGAAAUUCCUAUCUAGUAAAGAGCAGGAUAUUGGGUUUUUUAAAUACCUCUUCUCUGUGCAUUUUCUGUUAAAUCAGAAAAAAGUAGUAAAAGUGACAGCCUGAGGUUUCUGGUCUAAAAAGCUGGGACUUUGGCAAAGCAAGUGGGGCUGGCUGUCAUCCCAGCCCAGGUCACAGCCUGACCUGCUCAGCGGUGACGGGGUUACCCGCGGGGCCCCCGGGCAGCAGAAGUCGGUACGUGUGCUUGUGGGUGCCGUCAGCAGGAGGGGACGCUGCGGAAAGGGACGGAGCGCCAGCGGCCGCUCUGUGCCUCGUGCUCCCGCGCGGUGUAACGCGGGCCAGCGCGCUCGCGCCUGGGCCCGUCCACCGCGAGAUGCCCGGGUUUUGAACCCCAUGGUACUUACAACACAGGGAGAUGCUGAGCACUGAGCCAAUACCACCGCCCAUGUCAGAGGGAACUGAACUCACAUUUCACAGGCAUCUUCAGGUUUGCUUUCCCUUGCUACCGAGUGCUUGACUGUGUAGUUGUCAUAAAGCUCUUCCACUGGGAAAUAAAUGCAAAUGUAGAAAGAAAGAAAGAAAAAAACCAAGACCCACAGAAUUAUGAAGAAUUUUAAAAAGAGCACUAUUCAGAAAAGUCAAGAGAAUGGUAAGAUGGGAACAGGGAGAUGGAACUGGAGCGAUGUGAAUGGAACGGGAGAGAUCCUUCUAGUCUGUCCAUCCUUUACCCUUCACCUAAGUCAGCAGCGAAACGGACUCGUGAUAUUUCAAAAAGAGGAUCCUAGAUGACAAAGGACAAAAUAAAGGGAAGUGUUCUUCACUUGCCUUCUGGUCCCAGGAGCGUGGGUCUCUCACAAAGUGCAAGGCAAGGACAGACCUGCGGUUCUGGGAGCAUGGGAGCAGCUGUGUGCACAGUGGUGCUUGUGACGGCUUUCAUCAGCUGCAGCGCCCUCCUGGAUCUGUCUGGUGUCCACCAGAUCAAUGGCACAUGGAUGGGAUCUACCACUAUACCGUGUACCUACAUGCCCUCGGAAGGUUUCACACAGCAAACGCUGAGCUGGAGCGUGGAGCGAGACUACAGCACCUCCACCAUCCUUCGGAGGGACGAUUCUGGUGACCACAUCUUGUUGUCCCGGUUCCGAGACCGGGUCAGCGUCCCAAAGCACAGCCCAGGAAAUGUCUCACUCCUAAUAGAGAACCUUGAAAUCCCCGACAGUGGACACUACACCUGCCAAGUCAUCUGGAGGUCUAAAAAUAACAGCUUGAUAACAAAGGAGGUGACCACUACGGUUAAAGUUGUCAAAGUUGCGGUGACCAAGCCCGUCAUUGUGGCCGGCGAGCGGGGGCUGACGGUACCGGCGGGAGCCAGGACCAGCCUGAGCUGCGUGGCCAGCGGGUCCCCCCCCAUCAGCUACCGCUGGUUCAGGAGCAGCCCGGGGGGCAAAGCGCGGCUGCUGGGCCACCAGGCAGAGCUGGUGUGGGACAGCGCGCAGCCCUCCGACAGCGGGACGUACCACUGCGAGGCACAGGGCAGGGCUGGGGCUGCGCGGCAGAGCGACGCUGUCCAGCUGACGGUCACAGGGCCCCCAGUCCCACAGCAGCCCAGCCCUGGGCCUGGCGGGCACAGCAGAGCCCCACUCACCCCCCAGGGUGAUGUUGUCCAGUCAGUCCCCACAGUACGGAAAGGCAGCAAUCAGGUUUCCCAGAGCCGGGCGAGUGCAGGCUGGCCAGUGCUGGCUGUAGACUCCACACCAAACGAAUCCCUGGCCUGCCCAACACGAGCUUUUCCCCGGGCAGAGCGUGCCGCAGGGCGCUCGUUGCCUGCUGCUCACCGCGUUUCUGCCUCAAAGGGACCGAAGCCGCGGCGCCGCCUCAGCCCCGCCCGCGCGGUUCGGCUGCCGCCGCGGGCUGCCCCGCCUCCCAGCGGUAAAAGCGUCUCCAGGCGCUGCCGGGCUCGGGGGCUCCGCGCGCUCCCCGCGCCGCUAUCCCAGCGCUGUCCCCUCCGCCCGCAGGUGCCGCUCGGGCCGUGCCGCCCGUGUCCGCGCUGGCGGCCGUGCUGGGUGGAGCCGCUAUCGUGGCGCUGGCGGCCGCGCUGCGGCGCCGCCGGCGGGACAAGGCGGAACCUCUCUAUGAAGUUGCUUUCCAUAGCACUGCAGACGUCACGGGACUGGAGGCUGAUGUGGAAGCCUCUGUUAAGUGCCUACACAAGGAGACAAAUUCUAAGACUGAAACAUCCAAUGACACUUUCAACAUGAAAGACGGCAUCCAUGGCAGCGUGUGCACCAGGAAGGAUCCCGAGUAUGAGAACCUCGUGAGUGCAAUGGAAUCAGAAUACGAAGUAGAAAGAAUUUAGUAGAGCUCCAGCUUUUCCACAAGCAGCCGUGCAGGGCUGCAGAUACUGAAUGGGAAACGCUGCCAAAGGAAACUCUUCUUCCUGUCUGCCUUCUGCUCUGAUAAAGACACCGGUCUCACUGCUUUGCUUUAACCUGGGAACCGCGUCACCUCUUUGGCCCUUGACAAAAGAGGCCGUGUCCAGUGGUGCAGCUGCCGGGGGGAAUGAUUGCUGAGCGGCCUGAAGGACAAGGUGAGGAACAGAGGAUCUGAAAGGGUGGAAACACCAGCGUCCCUACCCCGCAGAUCACAGUGUAGCUGGGUGCGAUGCUGCUGGCUGCAGCACCAGUGAGGGGAGCGCUCAAGCGCGUGUUGCUCUGCUGGGACAUGCAGGGACUGUGGUCCCGCUUUUACAGCUCAGCAAACACUGGUUUUACCUCCCGCUUGUCCUUUUUUGUUAGAGCAUGGUAAGAGUCAAUGGGGGGGCGGGGUUGAUGUCCUGGGAAUGUCAUUUUUGCUACCAGACGAGCUCCUUGCUUAGGGGAAGAGGGAACGGGCCUGUAGGUGAUGAGCCCCCGAUCUGGCACCCGCUGGUUCCCUCCUGCAAAGGCAGAAUCCGUGUUGGAGGAAAUGCUAGCGUUUUAUUGUUGGGGUGUGGGGGGCAGAGGCGUAACAAAAUAGAGAUAAAUUUGAAAUAUUUGGAAUAAUGAUUGACCAAGCGCUCUCCCUGGAUGCAACAGUUUGCAACUGAUGCGCUCUGUGGGACACGAAUCAAUCUGCCGUCUUGCAGCAGACGUAUGAAUGCUGACCUGUGUUACGGGGUUGCUGUGAGGGCCCAUGUUUGUAAAAUGCCUUGAAAAGUGCUUGAUUAGCACAGUUUUUUUUUCUCAGGGCAAAUAUAAAAGGCUUCAAAGGA